AUGCAACUCGACGCCUUCGUAACGAGAACGAGCGGCCUGCUCUCUCGGAUAGCAGCUUCCGCCAGCUUCUCACUCAAGUCCGAUCAGGCCACUUUCAACCGGGCCCUGGUCUCAUGGCUCAAGGACCCCGACUCCAGCCUACCCAACGGUCACAUUACCGGCCUUUGCUGCUCAAGCCUUCUGUCCAUCCAGUUCCCAGACGAGUCCAGAGGCAACGACAUCAUCCCCGAGUUCCGCAGUUUCGUACUAGCAGCAUCUCUAGCACACCGUGGACGGAGGAACAGCAAGGGCAGCAGCUCACGCCAAAAGCAGGCGUAUCCCGCACGCCACGAGUCCCGAUCUCAUCUGAUCAGGAGGCUGGAUGGCAUCCUAACCCCCCAAUAUCUCUCUAAUCUCUCCCCAGAGCCAUGCCAGGUCCUCUUCCAUCUGGUGCUUGGAGCUGUUCUGGGAAUGGGAUAUUCACCAUCGCCUACCACCACCAUCACCACCUUCAACUCCUCGUCGUCGAGUACUUCCCCUUCGAAUCUCCUCAGCUCCGAGUUCCAGCAGAGUCCAACACUAUGGCUGUCCACGAAGAACCAACUGGUCCGCACGCUCGCCCAAGAUCUUGUCUUUCUAGGAUCCACCAAGCUCGGAAUCAACCUCGAGGGAACAACGGACCUGGAGCAGCUCAUCAUCGACACGGCGAUCAGCAGGUGGAACGAAAUGGAGUCGCGCAUCUGGGUUGAUAGCAUCGCCGAGAAGGCCUCGACCUCGACAGGUUCUUCACAAGAACCACAACAACCGAAGCCAGCCUCCUCGUCAUCACCAUCAUCAUCAUCAUCAAGCUCCCCAAGCAAGUCCUCCGGUUGCGAUUGCCAAAGACGACAGUCUUCAUCUUCCACCGCCACCAGGUCACCAGCAGAAGCAAAAGACGACGACCUCCUAGACCAAGACCGAAACCCGCCCUACUGGGAAGAUCCACCACCUACUCCUCCUCCGCCCACCGUCGAGCCGACGCUCAUUCCCGUCAUGCCACCAUACCAUGACACACCACACGCCCACUUCCAGUUCCAAUUUCAAGCAGCAGCAGCGCCCAGCCAUUGCACGUCGUCAUCGUGGUCGGAGAACCCAGCAUCGUACUUGGAGAUGACGGAUGAGCCCGAGAGUUAUUACCUGGCUACUGCGAAUGAAAACAACAAGAGAGGGAGAGCGUCGCCACCUAUGCCGACGACAACGAUGGGGAUGCCGAGGUCGAUGACGGAUCCAUUUCCUUUGGGGAGUCCGGCUGAGGACUUUGGUUCAUGGCGAAAGGUAAAAAGGCGAACGAUGUGGGUGGUACGGACGAUUGAUGCAGGUGAUCAAGGACAGAUAGGCGUUCAUGCUCGGUUGCGGGGGAGGGAAGUCAAUGAUUUUGGGGUGUUUGUGUAA